AUGUUUGGAGCCCCUUCCUUGUUUGGACGCCCCCCUACUCCCACAGCUGCAGCUCGAGUUCAGGCGCCGGCCCCCGACUUCAAGUGCACAGCCGUCGUGAACGGCGAUUUCGAAGAGAUCAGCCUCUCAACCUACACCGCAACCUCGCAAUGGCUGCUCCUCUGCUUCAUCCCGAUGGCCUGGACCUUCGUCUGCCCAACCGAGAUCAUCGCCUUCAGCGACGCGGCAGACCAGUUCAAGACACGCGGCGCUGGCGUGGCGUUUGCGAGCACGGACUCGGAGUACAGCCUGCUGGCGUGGGCCAAAGCCUCUUGCAAGGACGGCGGCCUGGGCCAGAUCAACAUCCCGCUGCUCAGCGACAAGAACCACGCGCUGAGCGCGGCUUAUGGCGUCUUGCUUGCGGAGGCGGGCGUCGCGCUGAGGGGCAUGUUCUUGAUCGAUCCGAAGGGGAUUGUGCGACAGAUCACCAUUAACGAUCUGGCGGUCGGCCGCAGCGUCGACGAGGCACUGCGUCUCCUUGACGCGUUCCAGUUCACCGAGAAGUACGGCGAGGUCUGCCCCGCGAACUGGAACCCGGGCCGCGAGACUAUCAAGCCUGAUCCACACGGCAACAAGGCGUAUCUCGACAAGCUCUACACUGAUGAGACGGCGGGCGGUGCCAAUGGAAACGGACUCAGGGUUGUGAACGGCCAUUAG